UUAAAGUAAAGCAGAGACAUUGACUCAUCCGAAUUCCUGGAGGCCGCCAUGAAGAAGCGGCGGUCGACGCCGCCGCCCUUGGGGGCACUCGUUUCUGUAUUUCUGGUUGUGCUGAUACCAUGCGUUCCUAGUCUCGCCACCAAAGAAGAACCCGAGUCACCGUAUCCGUUCUUUACGGACCCCAACGUGGAGAGGUUCAACCACAUGACGGUGCACGAUUACACCGAGCGCAUUUACAUUGGGGCCGUGAACCGAAUCUAUCAACUCUCGAGAGAUCUGAAGAGGGAGAGUGUGGGUGAGAUGGGGCCACGGGAGGACAGCCCCAAAUGCCCCGUGACUCAGGUGUGCCCCAACGAGUCUAAGCGGCCCACCGAUUACUACAACAAGGCCCUCGUGGUGGAUUACUCCCAGAGCAAGCUCAUUGCUUGCGGCAGUUUGUUCCAAGGAACAUGUACAGUGCACGACUUGAAUGACGUCUCAAACUAUGAGACGCCAGCGAGCGAAAGUGUUGUGGCCAACAACGCCACCGCCUCCACGGUGGCUUUCAUCGCACCAGGGCCAAAGAACUUGCCCCGCACUCACGUUUUGUACGUUGGCGUGUCGUACACCGGCAAUGGGCCGUAUCGCUCGGACGUACCUGCUGUGAGCAGCCGAAGCCUUGAUCCCAGCAACAUGUUUGUGAUAGCCCACAGCGGCGUAACCACUGGUACCAAGAUCAGCCUCAACAGCAUGUCUCGCGAGAUAUAUCCUAUAUCCUACGUCUACGGCUUCAGCAGCAAAGGGUUCUCGUACUUUGUGACAGUGCAGAAAGCUUCCACCGAUCCUCCGAAGCCCUUUGUCUCGAAGCUGGUGCGUGUGUGCCAAAGGGACGUGCAAUACUACUCUUACACGGAGGUGCCUCUGGUGUGUCGCGUUGCCAAAGAUGGCACGGACUACAAUCUUGCGCAGGCUGCUUUUGUGGGCAGGCCUGGCUCGGAACUGGCGAGGUCUUUGGGAAUAUCAGCCCAAGACAAUGUGCUUUUUGCUGUGUUCGCCAAGUCUAAAGAUGAGGCCGACAUCUAUAACAAACCUAGUCCCAAUUCUGCUCUGUGUGUGUACGCUUUGUCUGCCGUCCACCGCAAAUUCACGCAGAAUAUUCAGCACUGCUUCAACGGCCACGGCGAGAGGGGACUGGAUUUCAUCAAUCCAAGCCAGUCUUGCUAUCCGACGCAACUUCAAAUCAACGACGAAUUCUGCGGCAUGGACGUGAAUACACCUUUAGGAGGCAGCAUGCCUGUGGAGGCUUCUCCUGUCCUGCGGUUCUCUGGUAUCCUGUUGACAGCAGUGGCUGCUACCUCCACGCACGAUUACACAGUUACUUUCCUUGGAACUUCCACUGGACAUCUCAAAAAGGCUGUUGUAGAAACAGUGACGAAGGCUUCGGAGUACAGCGACUUGGUGAUCGAUGAAGGCAACCCAGUGAAUGCGGAUAUGGUGUUCGACAAGGCGAAGAAUCACCUCUACGUUAUGACGGAGAAAAGGGUUACGAUGGUCAAGGUGCAAGAGUGCCAUGUCUUUCGAUCUUGCAUGGAUUGCCUUGGAGCCAAUGAUCCUUACUGUGGGUGGUGUUCCUUAGAAAACAAAUGUAGUUUAAGAGGGGCCUGUGCAGAAGCUGCUCAAGAUCCACUUUAUUGGCUGUCAUACAAAAGUGGCAGGUGUACAACGAUCACAGAAGUACAUCCUCCUCAAAUUCAACGCACAACUGCUCGCAUUUUGAGCUUAGUGAUAGACAACUUGCCUGCUUUGGAAGGUCAGUUUUUCUGUGCUUUUACUGCAUUUGGAAAAACACUCAUUUCGAAUGCCACUCGCUCAGCCAAUGGAGUCAAUUGCCCUACCCCACACACAGAUUCAUUGCCAACCAUUCCACCAGGCGAACAUCAUUUUACUGCUAAAUUGUCUGUUAGAAUGAAAAUAGGACCAGAUUUUGUUGCAACGAAUUUUACCUUCUACGACUGCAGUACUUACACAUCUUGUACUCAAUGUGUGUCCAGUGAUUUUCCUUGUGAUUGGUGUGUAACUGGUCAUCGCUGCACCCACGACACUGGAGAAAAUUGCAGAAAUGAUGUACUUGUUACUGGGGUUUCUAGUAUUGGACCAAGUAUUCGAUCUGGUCCAGGUUUUUGCCCACGCAUUAACAAGACUUUAAAUGGCUCCACUGAAAUCCUGGUUCCAUCUGGUAUCAGCAGGAGAAUUUCUGUCAAAGUAGAUAACAUACAGCAUUUUUCUAAAACCUUCUCCCUGCAGCAGCAUAUAGCUAGGAUGAGGUUCUUGUGCCAGUUCAAUAUUGAAGGACGUGUGAAGCAAGUGAAUGCUCAACUAAUUGGAGAAAUAAUGUAUUGUGAAGAAAUGGUGUUUUCUUAUAGCACUCAAGCUCCAAAUAUCACUGCAGCUUUUGCUGUUAUCUGGGAUGUAAAUAAACCGUUUGACAAUCCAGAAAAUAUCCAUGUACUGAUAUACAGAUGUUCCGGAAUGGCUCAGAGCUGUGGAAUAUGUUUAGAAUUGCCAGAAAAGUACAACUGUGGUUGGUGCCAAGAUACUGACAAUUCUUGCCAAGUUUAUGAACAUUGCAAUCGUCUUCCUACCCUGUGGUUAGAUUCAAAACAGACAUGUCCCAACCCCCAGAUUCUUUCGUUUUAUCCUAAAUCUGGCCCUUGGGAAGGAGGUACUAACAUAACUAUUAGAGGCAUCAAUUUAGGAAGAGUUUUCCAAGACAUUGCCGGUGGAGUGCGAGUUAUUCAUGAAGACCGAAAAGUCAUCGCCGAAUGUGUGCCUCAUGAAGAACUCUACCUCAAAACUACUGAGAUUGUAUGCCACGUAGAAAAGCCCCCAAACCUAACUACUGGUUUGAUUGGAGGACAAAGUUUAGUUGGUUUUAUUGAGGUUAAAGUUUUGAAUGAUUAUACGGCUCGAUCCAGAGAACAAUAUUCUUUUGUGAAUCCCAGGAUAAUAUCUAUAAAACCAGGCAAAGGACCAAAAUCUGGCGGAACACAUCUAGAAAUUUGGGGCCUGCAUAUGGAUGCUGGUAGUAGAGCAGAAGCAUUUGUUGGAGCCCUACCUUGUAAUGUUACCAGUCGUGAUGCCAAUCGGGUCCUCUGCACUACAUCAGCAUCUAAGGAAACAACUACUCAAACUGUAAGAAUUAAGUUCGACAAUGGAUUGAGAGUAUUCGAAGAUUAUAAAUUCCUCUAUGUCGAAGAUCCUACCAUCACAUCUGUUGAAUCUGGUUCUACAGGGCAGAGGGGUAUACCUAAAGGAAUACCCAGUGGAGGAAUUUCUAUUAGUGUCAAAGGAACCAAUCUAAAUGCUGUGCAGUCUCCAUACAUGUAUACCAUAGUGGACAACGUAGAAUACAACAGUCAGAGUUGUGUUGUUGAAUCUCCAAGGGAAAUGAAGUGUAAAAGUCCUAGAGUUCCAGCUGAAAAAUUAGAUUUUUCCAUUGACGACAUGGAAGCUCAUCCACUCGAAUUGGAAUAUGGGUUUAAAAUGGAUCAUGUUGAGCAAGUUCAAAAUCUUAGCAGCCAACCUAGAUACUCAAAAUUUAUGAUGUAUCCAGACCCAAUUUACUACCCUUUCAGUGAAAAGGAUGGCAUCAAAUAUUAUAAGAGUGAUUAUUUGACUAUUAAUGGAAUGAACUUAGAUCGUGCUUCUCAAGAAACUGAUGUUAUUGUUCGGAUUGGCGCAAGUUAUUGCAAUGUAACUUCUUUAUCAAGAUCUCAGUUAACUUGCCGCCCUCCUACUACUCAGCCUUCGGCAAGGGAUGCUAAUGGCAAGCCUGAUCCCAAUAAAAUUCCUCAAGUCGUGGUCGAAGUAGGAGACCAUUUGAAAUUUACCAUUGGACGUCUGAGCUAUGAACUCCCAUCAAGUCAAGAUAGCACUUUGACUAAGCCAGUAAUCAUUGGUGUCAUAAUUGGAGCCUGUAUUUUAGUCAUAAUAGUCAUUAUAAUUUUAAUUGCCUAUCGUCGUAAAUCUACUGAAAGUAGCAGGGUUUUGAAAAGUAUGCAAGAACAGAUGGACGUCUUGGAACUCCGAGUGGCAAGUGAAUGCAAAGAAGCAUUUGCUGAACUGCAGACGGAAAUGACGGAUUUGACAAGUGAUCUCACAACCGGUGGUAUUCCAUUCUUAGAUUACAGAACUUAUGCUAUGAAAGUUCUUUUACCAAAUAAUGAUGAGCACUCUGUGCUUAGAGAGAUGCAGGUUGAUCCCAUUAAAAAACCUUAUAUAGAAAAGGGACUGCGACUUUUUGGACAGCUAAUUAUGAACAAGACAUUUCUUUUGUUAUUCAUACGCACAUUGGAGUCAAAUCGCUAUUUUUCUAUGAGAGACAGGGUCAAUGUUGCAUCUUUGAUUAUGGUGACAUUACAAGGGAAAAUGGAAUAUUGUACAGACAUUCUGAAGACUCUUCUGGCAGAGCUUAUUGAAAAAUGUAUGGAAGGUAAAAGUCAUCCGAAGCUGUUAUUAAGAAGAACUGAAUCUGUAGCAGAGAAAAUGCUUUCUGCAUGGUUUACAUUCCUCCUUUUUAAGUUCCUUAGGGAGUGUGCUGGUGAGCCUCUCUUCAUGCUCUACCGGGCCAUUAAGCAACAAGUAGACAAGGGCCCAGUGGACGCAGUGACCAGUGAGGCUCGGUAUUCGCUCUCUGAAGAGAAGCUUAUCCGACAAUCCAUCGAGUACAAGAGCAUGACUGUCUAUGUGUCUAUGUCUUCCCAGACUGCCUAUGUGCAGGGUCUGGAACCACAUGGGGAGAAUAUAGAAACACCAGUAAAAGUUUUAGAUUGUGACACAAUUUCCCAAGUAAAGGAAAAAGCGCUGGACGCUAUUUACAGGAGCACACAAUUUUCUAUGAGACCAAGCAAGGAUACUUUAGAUUUAGAAUGGAGAGCUGGAAAUACUGGCAGAUUAACAAUUUCAGACGAAGAUUCUACAACAAAAACGGAAGGUGAAUGGAAGAGGCUCAACUCUUUAGCUCAUUACAAGGUCCUUGAUGGUGCAUAUUUAACUCUCGUGCCAAAACAAUCAUCCAUGUAUAAUUUAACCAUCAUGACUGACAAGUUAGAAAAAUCUCAUAAAUAUGAAACUCUGAACUUUUCACUGAAAACUAGUCCCCCACUAAGUCGUGCUACAUCACCAAUGAACCAUGAUCCUGAGGGAGGUUAUAAGUAUUGGCAUCUGGUUCGCCACCAUGAUGCUGAACAAAAAGAAGGUGAAAGGGGAAAUAAAAUGGUUUCAGAAAUAUAUCUAACUCGCUUGUUAGCCACAAAGGGCACACUGCAAAAAUUUGUGGACGAUCUGUUUGAGACUAUAUUCUCCACAGCCCACCGUGGAAGUGCCUUGCCAUUAGCUAUCAAGUAUAUGUUUGACUUUUUAGAUGAUCAGGCUUUAAAUCAUGGGAUCACAGACCCCGAGGUGGUACAUACAUGGAAGUCAAACAGUCUUCCUCUGCGAUUUUGGGUAAAUCUAAUAAAGAACCCUAAUUUUGUGUUUGACAUUCACAAGUCCAAUAUUGUGGAUUCCUGUCUGUCAGUUGUAGCCCAGACUUUCAUGGAUGCCUGUUCCACAUCAGAUCACAGGCUUGGGAAGGAUUCUCCUAGUAGUAAACUUUUAUAUGCCAAGGAUAUCCCAGUUUACAAAGACUGGGUAGAAAGGUAUUACAGAGAUAUCAAAAACAUGGCUGCAAUUAGUGAUCAAGAUAUGAAUGCAAUGCUUGCUGAAGAAUCAAGGUUGCAUGCCCAUGAGUUUAAUACAAAUGUAGCUUUGUAUGAUCUCUAUGCUUAUGCAGUCAAGUACAAUGAGCAAUUGAUGAGUACACUUGAAGAAGACGAGUUUUCAACGAAAAAUAAGCUCCCAUUGAAACUUGCCCAAGUUCUUUCUAUUAUGUGUGGAGAAGACAAUGCAUGACAAUUACCGUCACUUAUACUGAUUUAACAUUCCAUUGCAUCCACAGAGUUCACAACAAACUGUCGUAGCAGCUCAUGGCUGCUAGGAGUUGGACUUGUGGGAGAAGUUGUGUAAGAAAUCUGAUAUUUCUCAUAUUUUCUCAACUUUAAUAAUACAAAAAACUCAUUAUUUUCUCUUCUAUUGAGAAUUUCAUAUAUGUGUGUCAAAGUUCUACAUAUUGAUGUUGGAAUUUUCACUUACGAACAAUUAAAAGUGGAUACAUCAUCGCACAGGUACUUUUAUCCUGACUUUUUAUCUCUGAAUAAAGUAUAAAAAAUUUUACUACUUUUCAAACAAGUGUGCAAUUUAUUUAGAGACUGAAAUUUUCUAACAAAAUUUGGUGUCUUAAAGCAGCUAAUGGUGCUCAUACAUAAAGAAGUAUAGACGUUUUUUUGGCAGAGACAGCAUUCAAAGUUGCAUUACUUUCUUAGUUUGGCUGUAACGGUAUGAGAUUCAGUCUGUUGUAGAGAAAAGAUCAAGCAAAUGUAUAUCAGCCAUUCUCAGUGCCUUGCAUUGCUUCGUCCCAAGCUAUUAAAUUGCGGGCAUCUGACUCCAGAAAAAAAAAAAGCCUGCUUCAAAGUUUAUUUUGAGAACCUGCGUGAAAUCUCCCGAACCCCUCUCACAAAAUAUAAUCUACGCAUCUGAUGCCACUUCUUUCUUGUCUUCCAGCUGAAGAGUUGUGCUUCUUAUUUCAGUUUUGUUUUCAUAGUUCCUUUCUCGAUUUGUUCGACUACGAUGCCUGUGCUCGCCUGAGCUUUUUGUUUUCUGCGGAGUUGCGUCAUCUCAUCGACCCGUAGAUAAUCAAGACUGUGUGAAGGAUGGGCUCCGAUCGGAGUCCCUCUGGCACCGGCUAGAAACGCAGCGUCUACUAGAAAGACAAGGCACUGCACACGCUUUGCUACAAUCAUGAUGCUGUCUGUCUUGCUUAAAUUGACUGAGCUUGUAAUGCCACCAAGUUAUAGAUUCAGUGAAAGCCACUGUUGUUACAUGAAAAGAAUCUUGCUGCACUGUGAUACUAUCUGUAGUGUACAAAUAAAAAAAAAGAUAUUACGGAGCUGACUCGGUGCUGUACGCAGCUACCUCUCGAGCUAGUGUGUGUGUACACGGAAAGGUCAGCUUGAGCAUAGAUGUUACUGUAAUUUAAUGGUCGUCUCAGCUCUUGUUCCAUAUUUUAUAGAUAAUCAAACCCAUCAGUGUUGUUGUCUGUGUGUAACUCAGCGGAAACAUUUUUUCAAAGGCACUCUGUCCACAUUCAUUAUUACAAAGAAAAAAAAGAAAAUUCCUAUGAGAGCUUAUUUUGCUCUGGCAGUUUUGAAGAGCUUGUGCAUGUUUACGAAUCUAGUUGUUGAGCGUGUAAAAGUGUUUUUCAACAUUUAUUUGAUAUAUUUUUACGCAUUUAAAAAAGAGAAGAUUUUAAUUAUAGGAAUUGAAACAUUUUGUCAAACUUUUGUUUUAACAUAGAAUAUUUCUUCAUGUACCAUGCAUUUGCAUUCCAAUUCAGAUUCAUAGCCUGAAUAAUUUAAGCUAUGUACUUAGUCAUUAUAGUUUGCAUUUUUUUUUACAAUUGUCAAAGUUAAUGGAAUAAUCCUUGUCAUGCAUCUUUUUUAAAGUUCUUGCAGUCAUUGGUUUUUGAGUAUGUUGUUUUAUUUUGUCAUUUGUAUGUUUCUUUAAUAAUAUAAAACCCGUCCAAAUGAAAAAUUAUUUUACCUCCUGCUUUUAUGAUUUCUUCAAUUUUAAGAUUAACAGUAUUACAGUGUUAAAUGCCAAAUUCUUUAAUGCAUUUGCAUCAUCAAAGAUAUUAAAUUUAUAGCUAUAUUUAAAAAAUACAUAUUUUAGCAUAGUAUUAAAUACUUUUUCUUAAGUUCACUUUUUCUAGAUCAGCUUUCUUUUACGUUCAGCAUUUAAAAAUAUUUUUAAAAAGUGCUUUGGUGAUAUUUAGAUUUCAGUUAAUUUUUUUAACUGUAUAAGAAAUCAAUUGAAAUAGCUUUAUAUAUGUCUAUAUUAAUAUAUAUCUAUAUACAGAGUUGUGGUAAACACAACAAAUCUGUAAAAAGAAUCACUUUUAUGUACUUAAAAAAAAUCAAACAUAACUAUAUGUAAGGAACAAAUUGUGAAUGCAUAUAUUGUAUCUUCAUGUAUCCGUAAAAUAUUGUUGAUAUUGCUAAGCGUGCACAGCCCUUUGUAUAUGUGCAUCAGAAAUGGGCAUGCCAUGCACGCUUCUUUUUUACAAAAAGGAAAGUAUCAUAUUGUACAUAUUCUAUAUUCCAAAGCUUUGGUUCUAAGCAUUGAUAAGCCUGAAUCCAGUGUUUCAUUUCGUGCAACUUUCUUUCUUCGUGUUUUGAAACAAAUUGUGAUACCGUGAUAUAUUUAAAAUUUUCAAACAUUUGUUCAUUUUAAUUUAUUCUAAAAUUGUAAAAACAAAGUUUUGAUAAACAAAUAACUGUAAUUAAAAAUCUUUCAAUGACUAUUAACAUUGUAAUCUCAAAAAUUGAAAUUUUAAUUCAUUUUUUAAAAAAAGAUCUUAACAUGAAUUUUUAUAUUUUAACCUUUAUUUUUUAAAAUAUGUCCAAUAUUUAAAUUCAUAGCUUUUUAUGGACCAACCGACUUGCCCUACAAAUUUUUCUUAUUAUAAUUUAAUUUGAGCUCCUCGCCACGGGCAUAUCAUUGUUUUGAACCAUCAUCUAUUACACAGGAGGUGCUACAUUUGCACUUGCCUCUAACAGUUGAAACAGCACCUUGUCAGCUGUAAUGCACUUGGGUGUUUUUUCAGCAGACUGCAUCGAGUCUGUUUAUAUACUGCUUGAAUUCUGUUGUAUUUUGUGAUUGAAUAAUGAUGUAAAAGCAUGGGGGAGCCUGUUCAUCAACAUCCUGUUUUUUAAAUUUUGCUACUCGACUCUUGACGAGAGUUCUAAUCAAAAAGUUUCAGCUUUAAGAAAACUAAAUUUAAUUUUACAUUCCACAUACUUUUGUUACGUUCACAUAGCGCUACCAGUUGACCGAUGACUAACCAGUAGCGUUCUAAUACAGUUACCAGUUAACUGAUCGUAGCUGAUCAUUCUAAUAGCUUCACCGAUAGAACCACCAAUGGACCGCAAUUUAAGCUCCUUGAUUGGUUGAUUGAACAACGUGACUUUUUUGACCAAUGAUAAUUUCACCGGUGCAUUACUUGUCUGCGCAAGGUAACUGCGCUAUUAACCAAACGCGUUCAGUGGAACAUCAGUUGGUGAACAACUGGUUGGUAACCACUGGCGUCAUUGGCUCUCUUGUGAUCAACCGACCGGAGUUCGACCGGUAAUGCUAUGCGAACCAAACCUUUGUUUUUAAAAUGGCAAUUCAAAAGCAAUUCAGAUUUGGUUCCAAUUUAAAACUAAUUUAAAUAUGAUUAACCUCAUAAAGUUUAUAUACGUAUAUAUAUCAUUUUGAACUUUUUUUUCCGUUUGAUAACUUUCAUGUACACAGGACUUUUAAAUGCGAUUCAUUUCAAUAAUUCUGUCAAACACGAAUCAGCUACAUCGCUAUUUAUGCUUUUCAUUUAUUCCUAUCAAUCUGAAAGGAGAAAAAUAGUGUGUGAUAGUGUGCAUGUGUUAACAUUUUAUUCAUGAGUAAAAAAAUUUUACCUAUAAUUUCAUUUCCCUUUCUACAGCCUAGAGGAUAGUAAACUGACCAACCAAAUUUGAAUCUGAAAAAUGUUCAACUUUCUGAACUUCCUCUAGAAUGUGGAAAUAAGCUAAAAAUGUAUACCUGCUUUUUGUACAACCAAUGAAAACUUUGUAAAAUAUUUAUAGCAUAUUUUUAUUAUGGUAUUGGUUUAUAGAUUCUGUAAUUUGCUCAACUGGUUUCCUGCAUUAAAAUGGCGUAUCAU